AUGGCUGACCGUCAAGAAUGGCACGCUGUACGGCCUGAAGGUCUUGCCGCACGGAUAUUGAGCGUCACUAUUGGCUUCACCAUCGUCUGCCUCCUGGUGGUGGGUUUAAGGGUCUGGCUACGAUUGAAGCUAUCGACAUUCGGUGUCGAAGAUUAUCUCAUGUGCGCGGGAGUAACUCUCAAUAUGGCGCACAAUGCUGUUGUAAUGUAUGGGACGUUCACCGGCAUUGGCUCGCCAGACUCCAAGCUUGAUUCGACUCUCAUGAUUGAAGGCGCAAAGGCCAUCGUCUUGUGGCAAAUAUUUUAUGUCAGUGGCUCUCUUCUCAUCAAGACCAGCAUCUGUGCAACACUUAUCCGCAUUGCAACUCGACGCCGAUUCAUCUAUACCUUAUGCAAACCAGUGGCCUCGUCUUGGGAUCCUUCUCUCGGCUCUUGUCUCGAUCAAACAAUCAUCAUCACCCUUACCGCAUCAACCGCAACGAUCAUCCGCAUGCCUUAUUCGUCUGCAUAUAGCAAUCCCGUCAAUCUGCUCCUGACAAUUGAAUGUGAAGAGAACGUUGGGAACAUCAUUCUUUGGACUGUUGUUGAGUGCGGUAUGGGGAUAAUUGCUGGAUCUCUUCCCAUGCUCCGCCAACUUUUCAAGGGGCUUGCAAAAGAACUGAGCAAUCAAGAUGACACAUACGCCCUCCGAGCGCGCUCAGGAACGAUGGCUCUGGGACAUGGCCGAAACCGGAGUGAUCGAGAGAGCCCUCUUGACACGGAAACCGACAGCACUCGUGGGAUCAUUAAAACGACCAGAAUCGAUGUCACAGCACAGUCUACCCACAGUUCGACGAGGGUCAAAGACGACUCCUUGCGCACGAGAGAGGGGACGGCUUGA